UUGUGUUUUCUAGUCAUUUCAUAAGUGAAUUUCCAGAAUUUCCAUUUGAAUCUCAUUAUGUUGAAAAUGGGGAAUAAAAGACUUAUGUAAAUCUGUAGCAAAUUUCACUGUACAUUCAUGUAAUUCAACUACACUGUUUAUUCCAGAUGGGAAAGUAAAUAUUCUACUCACAUCAUCCAAAUAUAUUUAAAGAGUCUUUGUGGUGAAGCUGUGGGGAGAAAGGAUUUCCAGUAGCAAUCAGUCUUGCAAUGAAGUUGAAGGAAACUCUGACUGAAGACUGUUGCUAUAUGACAGUGUUUUGACUGUCAUGACAUGCUAACAGCUGAAUAUCCUGGCAGCAGAGACGAUAUUUCACAGCUUACAUGUCAUGGAUGGCACCAGCUAUGGCAAACACUGCUAAUCCUCCUCAUGGGCUUUUUUUAGCUCCUGCUUAAAUCUCUGCCAGGCCACAUGGCCAGGAAGCCAUGAGAACUUUAUGGAUGGUAUGCAUGUUGUUCUAUCUGGUGUAAAACUAACACAAAAUUUCAGGAAAAGAACGUCAUACCAACAGCCAGAAAUUGCAGGGCAGUCUGAUGGACUAUUGCUUUUGUUCUUUUUAAGUUUCUCAGAAGGGUUUAGUCAAAGUCUAGACUUCAAUAAUCUUGACUUGUGAUAUAGAAUAAACUUUGUGCUAACUGAAUAUGUAUGUAGCUAAUAUUGAAAACAGGAGAACAUUAUAGAGUGGCAAAUACUCUGAGAGAAAAUAAAGCAAAUUUCUGACUGAACGUCUUUUUUUAUAACUCAAAUGCUAAUCAGUUUUCUCAAAGCAAUGCCAAGUGAUGAGCUUUGGGUUGGAUCUUGGAGGCCUCACAGACCAAGGGGGCCUAUAGCUGCUCUCUAUGGGAGCCCAGGGCCCAAAUAUUCCCUUCCUGGGCUUAUAGGUGCUUCUCAGCAUGAUCCUACCAAAUAUAAAGCACCAAUGUUCUCCUUUGGUGCUCGUCAUGAGGAAGCGAAUACAAACUGCUCUCCUGGUCCAAGAUAUCUGAUCCCUUCCAACAUGACCAUGAAAGGCAGAAGUAAAAUGCCUGCAUUUUCUCUUCUCGGCCGACCGAAGCAGCUUCAAAUGUCCCAUGUGCCCGGACCAGGCCAAUAUUCCCCAGAGCGUUCUGGAAAGAUGACCAUCCGUUCAGCUCCUGCUUAUUCCCUGUAUGGGAGGAGAAGAGAUCGCAUUAACACCCAAAUGCCAGGUCCAGCCACCUACACUCUGCCUCCCAUGCUGGGCUGUAAAACUGCAGUUGCACCUUCAGCACCCAACUACACACUUCAAGGCCGCGGUAAAAUUGGAAGCUUCCACGAAGACCCUAACAAGACUCCGUCUCCAGGCCCUGCAGCCUAUAAAGUUGUGGAUCCCUCUAUAUAUAGGCAGAAACCUCCACAGUACAGUAUAAAGGGACGCAACUUUGCUCCUGAGGAAAACACAAGAAAACCCGGCCCAGGAGCACACUAUCCUGAGCGUGUCACCUUUACAAGAGCAAAAGCUCCCAGUUUCACCUUUGGAUUCCGUCAUUCACAAUACAUUGCACCCCUCAUUACAAACGCAGAUGAAUAAAGGAAGAAAGCUGGCUUUAGAUAAAAGAAAAAACAAAUCACAACUCUUGAGAUCAUGUUUGAUCAUAUUUGCCUGUCAUGCUGUUCAUACUUUAAUAUUAAAUUAUCAGACGGAUGUUUUCUUCAAAAUACCAACAAAUUACAUUUAUUUUGGAUGGAUUUAAAAUUUUAGUUUUAAAGAUAUUUAAUGAACAAAAGGAAAUCAGGAAAUAAUGCUUCGUGAUUGUCUUUGAAUCCUGGUUCUUGUUUUUUUCCAAAAACUCUACUGGAUGUUUUUUUUUGUUUUUUUUUUUCCCCCCACAAUUUUACCAGGAAAAAAGUACAAGAAAUCUAUGCUAAGCAAAUGUUUGCUUUGGAGUGCACGGGCACUUCAAAAGCACUUAUUAGAAAACUUAUCGUUAAGUAUUCUAAUACUGUUUAUAUAUCUCACUUUGUCAGGUUCGUUAGCAAUAAGCUUACUUCUAAAUUUAAUUAAGUCUUUUUAGUUACAAUUUUCUUCUUUUUUGUUGUUCUGUUGAUUGUUUUGUUUAUUGGUUCCCAAAUAAAACUGUG